UUUCUCACAGAUACAAAAUCAGCGAUACCAUUUCAUACAAAGAUCGCUAAGCUUUUGCAGUUUUUUGGCAAUGUCAUUCCCGUAGAAUUAACCAACGAAAGAACAACACAUACCCAACAAAAACCCAGAGCUUUUGAUCCUACAAACCCCCCCACCCACAAGAAGAUUAUUCCCUUCUUCAAUCAUUGAACCCAGCAAAUUCCAACCCAAGAUUUCAUCUCUGUGAAUUUCUCUUCCCAAUUCGGCUUUCUGGGUCUGUUCAUGAAGAACUCAUUUCGGUUUUUUCAUCAAUGGCGGUUUCUAAGCUUUUCCCUGAGUUCUACGAAGGGUUUUCUAUGACCCAAUCCACUUCUCUGUUAUCUCGAUUUCCGUCUUUCAUGUCAUCACCUUCUUCCUUUUCUUUCCCUUUUGCAACUAAAUCACUGGCUUUUCAAAUCUUUCGUCAUUUUCGUUGUCGCGAGUUACUUCGAGUUCACUCGCGAUUACUUAUCAUCCUCUCUUUGCCUUUCAUUUACUUCUUUCUUUCGAACCCUCGUCGUUCUGUUGUUCUCAAGUUGUUUGUUCUACUUUUCUUCUCCAUCGCUGUUUUGGUAUUCCUCAAUCUUGCUGUCCCUCGUCUUCCUUCUCCGAUUCGUUUGUUUCUUGUUCGAUCAUCCCCAAUUAGCGCUUUCUCAUCUUCUGCUGCUAAGAAGGCUGUUUCCAAUGUUCGUUGGUCAAUUGGAUCGAAACCCAAAUCGGAGAAACGGUUGAUGUCGGGUUCUUGGGUCAGAGUUUACAGUAAUGGGGAUGUUUACGAGGGGGAAUUUCACAAAGGGAGGUGCUCAGGUAGUGGGGUUUAUCACUAUCAUAUGAGUGGAAGGUAUGAAGGCGAUUGGAUUGAUGAGAAGUAUGAUGGGUAUGGAGUAGAAACAUGGGCUAAAGGGAGUAGGUACCGUGGUCAGUACAGACAAGGAUUGAGGAAUGGGAUUGGGAUUUAUAGAUUCUACACAGGGGAUGUCUACGCUGGGGAGUGGUCUAAUGGCCAGUGCCAUGGCUGUGGAGUUCAUACUUGCCAAGAUGGGAGCCGCUAUGUUGGGGAGUUUAAGUGGGGCGUUAAACAUGGACUGGGUCACUACCAUUUUAGAAACGGAGACACAUAUGCAGGAGAGUAUUUUGCAGACAAGAUGCACGGUUUUGGAGUUUAUCGGUUUGGCAAUGGACAUCGUUAUGAGGGAGCUUGGCACGAAGGAAAUAGGCAAGGACUUGGUGUGUAUACUUUUAGGAAUGGAGAGACACAAUCUGGUCACUGGCAAAAUGGGGUUCUUGAUGUUCCCAGCCUUGAAAUCAGCCAUCCAGGGUCUUCUUAUGCUGUCAGCCACGCUAAAGUUCUCGCUGCGGUCCAGGAAGCAAGAAGAGCUGCAGAGAAAGCGUUCAAUGCAGGAAGAGUGGACGAAAGAGUUAACAAAGCUGUAACUGCUGCAAACAAAGCAGCGAAUGCAGCAAGAGUUGCAGCCGUGAAGGCUGUGCAGAAACAAAUGGAUCAAGAGACCAGCACCAACCCACCGAUCUUACUGGUCUGAUCGUGAACAUCCCGUAGUUAGUACUCUUUAUCUGUGGACGACCUUUCCAGCAUGAGGUUUUUCCAAAAGGGGAAGAAACACAAGAAAUGCUGUUAAAUGGAAGUUCAUUUUUGUUCAAAAUUCUUUACCCUCCCAUGAGUUUUUUUACAAUUGAAAGGUACCUGCCUGGAACCUGCUUGCACAGGCGUGCAGAACGGAUGGCCGAUCGAGGAGCAGAUGGGUUUAUUUCCUUCUCUCUCCCUCACUUUCAAUGUAGCAAGUAUUGUAUAUAGAACGAGUUCAACCGAUAACGAAAAAACCGCUAGAGUUGAGCUUUGAUAUUAGUGUUACACUUGUGCUGUUUUUUUUCUCUCUUUUUUGUAAGUAAUGGUAUGUAUAGCAGAGCAGUAGGUCAAAAGGAUGGAAUUAUCCUGCCAAUGUUAUGUUGUUGUAUAGUGAAAAUCAGCCCUCAGCUCUUAGAGCUUUAUGCCUUC